AUGGUUCAACCACGCUUCUGGGUCGCAGCGCUCUACUCGUUUAUUUUCAACAUGCGGAAGGGUGGUGUGGGUAUUAGAGGUCCGCAAAACAAGAAUGACGAAUGUUAUGACAAGCCGAAGGAACCGGAUGAACCGUGGCGCCUUGUGCAUUUUGACAAAUUGAGAAAUUGUAUUGGCCGUGGUGUUCAAGCCCUGCAGAAAAUUGGCGUCUCCGAAAUUUUUGUCGACCCCUUCGCCGACGCUGAGGCUGCUGCAGAAGCGGCCUAUUUGGCUGCCUUCUGCUUCGACGAGUUGAAAUCCCCCAAAAAACGCAUCAGCAAGCCUCUCCUCUCGUGUUUCACCGCUCAUCUAGACAAUGAUCCAGACAGUUUCCAAACUCGGAACAAACUGCUCACUGCGUGGAAUCGCGGUAAAAUUUUCGCACAGGCGCAGAAUCAGGCGCGUCGGUGGAUGGAGAUGCCAAGCAACCUCUUGCCUCCGCAGACCUUCGCCCGAGAAAUCGAGGAGAGCCUCUCCCAGGUCAGCUGUGGCGAAACGUCUUUGCGCGUGGUGGUUCACGACAAGGAUUGGAUUGAAAAACAGAACAUGGGUGGUGUUCUUGGUGUCUCGCGGGCUUCUAGCCAGGAUCCGUGCUUUGUGGAGAUCAACUACGUGGGUGACCCCUCGCGGCCAAACGACCACAUUGCCCUCGUCGGCAAGGGAGUGACUUUCGAUUCUGGUGGUAUCUCUAUCAAGCCAGCCGGUGGUAUGGAGGCGAUGCGAGCCGACAUGGGCGGCGCUGCUGUAAUGGCCUCGGUAGUGCUUGCUCUGGCCCAACUCCAGUCGCCAAUCAACAUUCGCGUCUACCUCCCCCUCGUCGAAAAUAUGCCCGACGGUAACGCGCUUCGACCCGGCGACGUUCUGCGAAUGGCCAGCGGAACAACCGUCCAGGUUGACAACACGGACGCUGAGGGUCGCCUCAUACUUGCGGACGCCCUACACUACGCCCAGUCGAAUCCCGACGCACCGAACCCCCCACUCCUCAUCAUCGACGCUGCGACCCUCACCGGCGCCAUCUCCGUCUCCCUCGGUGACCACUACACCGGCCUGUUCUGCAACCAGGCGGUUCAGCGACGUCGCGUUACCGACGUCUGGCCGAAGGAGGGCGACCGCGAUCCCCAACAGCAUCAGCAGCACCCCCUGCCUCCCACAAUCAUUGGCUCGCUCAACUACUGCGGUCGUCAGAAGUGCGACCCGUUCUGGCACAUGCCGACUCUGUACUCGAAGCACUUGCAGGAGGGCUGUCACCUGGCGGACAUUUCCAACAUCACCACCGGCAGUUUUGCCCGACUCGGCGGUUCUGGCUCGGCGUCGGCUUUCCUACAGGUCUCUGUGACACAACAGCUUUCUUGCGCUCGAUUGCGUAGUUUCGUCAGUCACCGGACACCCUACGUGCACCUCGACAUCGCCGGAGUCAUGAAGUCCGUGUCCGAGGAGGUCUCUGUGCGCCGCGGAAUGACAGGGCGACCAACGCGUCCUCUGAUCUACUUCCUCGAUCGAUUGGCCCGGCAGAACAGUUGUCCCGAGGCCGAAGACGACACCACAAGUGGCGACCCCGAAGGCGUCUGUUAG